AUGUUCGAGGUAUUACCGACUACUCGGGGCAAGAAAAAAUUCGGCGGACGUUUUACCAAUCGGCCAUGUGAUGCACUGGUCACUAUUUGGAGAUUCGAGAUUGCCUUAGCGGUUUUGACCACAGUCUUAAGUCUAUGUGCCUGCCUCCUCGUGGCACAUACGGUUAUUGCAAAUAAUCCAGCGACAUCACCGCCUGCGGCUGCGCAGUGGCUUACGAAACCUUUCAAGUUUGGAAAAGACUGUGUUAGACGUCUGUGGAGCAAGUCUAGACGUGACAAGGAAAGGAAAGAAGCUGAAGCAAAUCUCCUUCCGACCGAUCCGGAAGCCUUGGAAUAUAUCGAUCAUGAGAUGGGCAUCAGAACCCGUCCGAUAUGA